AUGGCGGGGCUCGCCGGCGCGGCCAGGGGCCACGGCGGGCGGAGGCGAGGGGUAGCGCCGGUGCGGGCGCAGGACGCGGCCCGAGCAGGCGCACGCCUACGUGCUGGCGGACCCGGCAAGGCGCCGGAACAGGGGGCGGUGGCCACGGCGAGGCCAAGGCCGGAGCGGGGCGCGCUGGCCGUGGUCGGUGGAGAGGCGCCCGCGGGGAGGAGCGCUGGGCAAGGGGCCGCAGCGGGCGGACGGGGCGUGUGCGCUCAAGCGGGAGUGCGGUGCUACGGGCAAAGAGGCUAUCGGGCGGGGAGGCCAUGGUGCGGGCGCUGUGCACGGUGGGGUGGGGUGGGGGCGGCGGAGCGUGGGGCGGUGCAGGGGCGAGGUGAGCGCAGGGAGGAGGGGCGCCCGUGCGUGCGGGUGGCCGCGGCGAGUGGAGCGGCAGAGCGAGGCGAGGCUCGGGCGCGCGCGCGGGGCGCGGCCCCGAGCGGCGAGCAGGGAGGGGACGAGCACGGGGCGAGGGAGAGAGAGGAGGGGCGCGGGUCAGUAGGGUUCGGGGCAGCGGUGGUCGGGGUGGUUGAUGGGGACGACGGCGACGUGGAGGCACGGGUGCGGGCGCACCCGAGCGAGCGCUCGCCCGCAGGGCGGGACGAGGACGCCAGGGCACCGAUGGCGGGGCUCGCCGACGCGGCCAGGGGCCAUGGCGGGCGGAGGCGAGGGGUGGCGCCGGUGCGGGCGCAGGACGCGGCCCGAGCGGGCGCACGCCUAGGUGCGGGCGGACCCGGCAAGGCGCCGGAGCAGGGGGCGGUGGCCAUGGCGAGGCCAAGGCCGGAGCGGGGCGCGCUGGCCGUGGUUGGUGGAGAGGCGCCCGCGGGGAGGAGCGCUUGGCAAGGGGCCGUAGCGGGCGGACGGGGCGUGUGCGCUCUGGCGGGAGCGCGGUGCUACGGGCAAAGAGGCUACCGGGCGGGGAGGCCACGGUGCGGGCGCUGUGCACGGCGGGGUGGGGGUGGCGCGGCGGAGCGUGGGGCAGUGCAGGGGACGAGGUGA